UCGAGAGAUCCUUUUUCCUGAGGAUGAAAUGUGUCCUGGCCAAGAGGAAUGCAGGGCUGACGUGCAGUGGCUACAAGGUGAUCCACUGCAGUGGCUACUUGAAGAUCCGUCAGUACAUGCUGGAUAUGUCCCUGUACGACUCCUGCUACCAAAUCGUUGGGCUGGUGGCCGUGGGGCAAUCUCUGCCUCCCAGUGCAAUCACUGAGAUCAAGCUCCACAGUAACAUGUUUAUGUUCAGAGCCAGUUUGGAUUUGAAGCUGAUAUUCCUUGAUUCCAGGGUCACGGAAUUAACUGGAUAUGAACCCCAGGAUCUGAUAGAAAAAACCCUCUACCACCACGUCCACGGCUGCGACGUUUUCCACCUGCGAUACGCUCACCACCUGCUGCUGGUGAAAGGCCAAGUGACCACCAAGUACUACCGGCUGCUGUCCAAGCAGGGAGGCUGGGUGUGGGUGCAGAGCUACGCCACCAUCGUGCACAACAGCCGUUCGUCACGGCCUCACUGCAUAGUGAGUGUCAAUUAUGUCCUUACAGAUAUUGAGUACAAGGAACUUCAGUUGUCACUGGACCAGGUUACCAUUUCCAAGUCACAGUUUUCAUGCAGAAACUCAGUACCUACCUCGCAGGAAACAAGGAAAAUAGUAAAACCCAAAAGUAAUAAAAUGAAGGCAAAACUCAGAACAACACCUUACCCACCACAGCAAUACAGCUCGUUCCAAGUAGACAAACUGGAAUGCAGCCAGGUGGGGAGCUGGCGCUCCAGCCCCGCCGCCAGCGCCGCCGCCCUGCAGGAACAGAACUUCCAUUCAGAGAGCAGCGAACUCUUGUACGCCCCUCCCUACAGCCUGCCCUUCUCCUACCACUAUGGACACUUCCCUGUGGAUUCCCACGUCUUCAGUGGCAAGAAGCAAAUGCUGCCUGCAAAAUUCGGGCAGGCCCAAGGGGCGCCCUGCGAGGUGGCGCGGUUCUUCCUGGGCGCGCUGCAGACCAACGGCGAGUGCCAGUGGCACUACGCCAACUCGCUGGUCCCCAGCAGCCAGUCACCCUCCAAAAACCUUCCUGAGCAGCCAGUGAACAUCAUCAGGCACAACCUUGCCCAGGGUUAUGAAGUCCCACUGUCCAACAGGAGGUACAACCAGGACGCUCUGCCCGAGGCCUUCCCGAGCUGCACGGCGCCCGUGCCCGGCCGCUACAAGGAGGAAUUUUACGACUCUGGCAUCAUGAAACACAACAAAACCGAGGCCAGGCUCCAGCCCCCAGCCCACCUCAUCAAAGAGGAAAACAAGCUGGCUUUCCACAGAGACCUGCAAGAAAAAAUGAGCAUCAACGAGGGCUCCUUCUCCAACGCGCUGCUGCCCAAGGCCGAGUGCUGCCAGGCCAAGGCCGUGGGACAGCUGAGCCACCUGCUGCCCGUGCCCUCGGUCUACGAGCAGGGCAGGAGGAUUUGUGUCAAAGACCCCAAAUUUGGGCACAUCAGCCACCACCCAGGCAGCCUGGAGGAGCUGGAGGGGGAGAGGAUGAGCGUGAAGCUCGACCACGGGGCGGAGGGCGAGCGGCUGAUGGAGGUGAGGCCUUCGGGCCAGGUCCCCUUCGUGCUCCUCAAUUAUCACCACGUGCUGGCCAAGCACGGAGCUUUCCAGAGCUCGCCCUGCACGGCCGCGGGACACGCUGGGGAAAAUUAUUCCUACAAUUCUGAGGAGGUCAACGCCUACAUUUACAAAAACCAAAGCCCCUCCUCUCCAGAAAGCCACAAGGAAUCUGCACUACCCCAUUACAUUGGGACUUCGGUCAUCAUCGCCAACGGCAGGUGACGGCAGCACGGGAGGGUUUUGCGUUUCGUUGAGAAGCCAAACUGGAAUGAUUUGCAGGAAAAGAAAAAAAAUUAAAAAGGAAAAAAAAAAAAAGCAUGAGGAAACACGGUGACACUUACUGAGCAAAGUUGGAGGGCAGUGAAGGACAAAGUGGGGAAUCCCACGAGUCCCAGUGGCCAGGAAAAUCCCCUCCAUCCCCUGCCGUGCUUCAGGGUCCCACGCAAAGCUCUGGUGCCAGGGAGAAGCCAAGUUCCAGAUCUUAUUUUUGUUAUUUUAUAGUGUGCAGCAAAAGGAAACGAGAGGUGUUAUAUGCAGAGGUUUAUAUGAAGGACUUUUUUUUUUUCCUUGACCCCUCCUUAAAAUAAACUCAAUUUUUUUUUUUAAAUCAUUAUCAUAAAAUAUGCAUCUAGUUUAGGGUUUUUUUGACAAAUUGUGUGAAACCUCGCAUCAAUUCUCCACCCAACCCCCUGACAAAUGGACUUUGUUGAGAGUGGUGAUUUUCAGCAACCACAACACAGCUGUCCUACCCAAACAGAAAAAAAGCUUAUUUAUUAAUUACCAAAAAAGUUUUAAAACUAAAUAAAUCAACCUUAAAUUUGAUUUAUUUGACACAGAUUUCAGUGUUCUGAGGUUGCUGCCACCACCAUUUAUCUUGACAAGGGACAAUAUGACAAAUUAAUAGGUACAAAGAUAGGUAUUACAGGGUUACAGGUCUUGUCAUGGCAAAUUGGGACAAAUUAUGGAGCAGGAACUAAUUCCCCACAAAUAAGAAAAGGAAACUCCUAAAUCCUGUGUUUCCCUGAGUAUUCUGGGAGAAGCCUGUGCAGAUUUUCAACCCAGCCAGUCACAAAUACAUCUUAAUAACAGCAGCAGAAAUGUUUUCUUUAUAGUCAGGAGAAUAAUGAACAUUUAUGCCUUAUUUUGAACUUACCAGUAGAACUGUGAGCUUUGAAAGGCCCAGCUCUUAACACGCUGAACUUCCUCCAGCAUAAAUCCUGUUGUCAGCACAAAGGUAGGGCUGGAAUUCCCUGAUCUGAGCACUUCACAAAUCCCAAACAGCACAUUUGAAACACUCACAUUUGGCCCAGGCAGCCAGGAAUAGAUUUUCACCCCUUUAUUUUUAAUUCUUUGGAGAGGAUGGAUCUGUGUGACAACACUCAGCCCAGGGUGGUUUUCAGCCAUUUCCCCAAACAUUGUGAGAGGAUAAAACAACAAAAAGCUCCCUAAACAAUAAAUGUGGCUCUAGAUCCCACUCAGCUCCAUUUCUUACCCCAAUCCAAGCCUAAUUCAGAAUUAUUCAAACUUUCUCUCAUCAGACUCUAAAGAGAACUUCACUGAAAAACCUUGAGCACCCUGGGAUAAUGAAGGUUCCCUGUCCAUGCUUGGAACUGGAUGAGCUUUAAGGUUCCUUCCAACCCAAACCAGUCCAUGAUUCUUUGAAGAAAAAUUCUUACCUGGUUUGUGUAAUAUGGAAGAAAACUUUUGUUCAUGGAUUGCACCUUGUCAGAAAAAUUACAAUGCAAUACUCAGUCCUAAAAAUUCCAUCUUUUCUAUGCAGCAAUAAUUCACCCCAGAAUGGUCUGGGUUGGGAGAGACCUUAAAGCUCAUCCAGUUCCAAGCCCCUGAAAUGGGCAGGGAACUUUCCAUUGGAAUACAGUAAUAAAGUUAUUUCCUUCUGUGCAUGAAUAUUUAUUGCUAUGAGUACACAAAAAUACUUUAAAAGCAAAGGCUUGAAAACAAUUUUCAGUAUUUUUUUCACUGCUUCCUAUUAAAGGUUAACAGAGAAGGCUUUGUUGCCAAAUUAACUUGAACUGAACACUCUCAGCUGUUGUUUCCAAUUGCUUGAAAAAAUAAAUUUUGCGCUAAGCAGAACAAAAAACCCAAAUCAGUGAGUACAAAAAAAGCCAAAACAGAACCAAAGCAGCAGAGUCACUCCCUCAGCAACCCUGGUUUGUUCAGUGCUGGAGAAGCUGGCAGGCCUCCAGAAAAGCUGUAAAUAUGGAUUACAGUCAUGCUGACCCCAUAAAUCAAAGCCAGGAGACACCAGUUGCUUUUCCAGUGCUUCAGAGCCCUCCCAGCCCCUGCUCCUCACAAACGACCCCAAACUCCUGAAAAGAUAAUUAUGCCAAGACUCCUGGGUUAAUUUUGUUCAAUUAAAUUAAACCCAUGCCCUCCAAAGGAGCCACUGGCAUGGUUGGCAUCAUUAAAAAGAAACUUGAUGCCCAACCCCUCCUGCUGCACUUUCUCCCUCAUUAGUGGCACUGCUGCAUUUUGGUGUUCCUGGAAGUCCUGCUUGCUAUAAAAACACAAAAAGUAGGCUUUGCUUGGAAAAAAAAAAAAAAACAACCCUCCACCAUUGAUAUUUUUCAGCUCAAUAUUUUUCCACCUUGUUAUUCCCACUUGCAGGCUUUAUUCCAGAGCAGAGGAGGUGUUCCAUCAUCCUCCCCCAGGUGUUUUAGGGGAGGUGAUGCCCAGGCACAGGAAAUUUCCCUGUGAGGUAAUAAUGAACCAAUUAUGAAUUCACAGCUGAUAAUGCAGGGGAAGGUGCAGAAAAGAUGGCAAAAGCAAAUGUGGGGAGGAUAUUUUCCCUGCAAUAUUUAAACAUGUUCCCAUCUGGGAGUAAAUUACAUUGGGAGAAAAACAGGAUUUUUGGGCAGUUAAAUUACAGAUGUUCUCAGCACAAUCAUAGCGCAGAACAGGGCACUGCCAUCACAGUGGCAGUGUUUUAAUACUGAAAAAUGGUUUUAAUAAAGAAAAAAAAUGAUGGCACUGAAGGGGAAUGUGAAUUGAAAUACAUUAUCAAAAAUAACCUAAUUUCUCUUUAGUAUUUGAGCCACACCUUUGUCAUGAAACUUCACAAGAUUUUUAACUCUCAGGGGAGCUCAGACCUGGCAAGAAAAUCAUGGAAAAUGAAAGAAAAAGAGUGAAAGAGGGAAUGUUUUACCCAAAUCAUAGAAAAUUUGGGUUGGGAGGGACUUUAAAGAUCUCAUUCUAACCCCCUGCCAGGCAGGGAAUCUUCCACCAGACCAAGGUAAAGCUGGAAAAGUCAAUUCCAAAUUGAGGUCUCCAAGCUUUGGAACAGUGCAAUAGAAAUCAAAUAAGGUGACAAAGGCACAGAUUUGUCCCUGUGAUGCAAAAAUUUAAUUUAAGGAAAUUCAGCACAAUAGGUGCAAAAUUGGGGAAUUCAUCACUGACAGUGCCAAUGAAUGGCAAAUCUGCCAGAAUUUCUCCAGGAAUCUCAAGGCAGGACAUAAAUUCUUUUUUUUUUUUUUCAGCAUUUCAGUCACACUUCAAAAAGGCCACAGAGGAAAUGUUGUUAUUCCAUUUUCCCCCUGAAGGUUAGAUUUUGCUUUUUUUUUUUUUUUUU